CUGCAGUCAGCUGGUGGCUGGGUCUUGACUGCCCUAGGUGCCAUGGGAAGGCAAAGAGAAGGGGUUCCCUAAACCUCCACAGAUUGUCUUUGUGCAUUUCCUGAAAUCAGAAGACCCCUACCUUCCUGAUCUGUGGACCUUCCAUCACUAGCAAUUGCCCCACCGGGAGUGUGGAUCAUGGUUGACAAAGCAAGUCAUGUAACCUGGGGCUGUGAGGCCACCACAUAGGAUUGCUGCCUCAUGUCCUAUGUGGUGAGGGCGUGGCACCUGCAGCAGCUACAGCACUCCCUGAUGGGGAGGCAAAUAAGAAACAAGCAAACAAACACAUCUAUAAUUGCAAAUUGUGGCCACAGCCCUAUCUCUUUAGAAGCUGAGCAGCCAUGGCCUUUGCUGAAGACGAGACCUAUAAGUAUAUUCGCCUCCAUCACAGCAAGUUUUGCUGUGUUAAUGUUCUGGAGAUUCUGCCUUAUCUGCCCUGCCUGACAGCCAGUGACGAGGAUCGACUGCGGGCCUCCUACUCAAGCCUGGGCAACCAGGACACACUCUGGGAACUCUUCAACCGCCUCCAGCGCCGGACCGGCUGGGUAGAUUUCUUCAUCAGGGCACUGAAGAUCUGUGAGCAGGUUGAGCUCGCUGAUGAAGUGGCUCGUGUUUAUCAGAGCUCACUGCUUCCUGGGAACCCGACCCGCUCCCCAGUCCCACAGGCAACACCUGCAGCUCCUGCUAAGGUUCCAGGGCCCUCUGCACCUGCCGUGGCCCACGUCCCCCACAAUGGCUACAGAGAAGAGCCAAGCUACCCCAGGCCUGUCCAGGACACACAACCACCGAAGUCCCCAGGAGCGAGUUCAGAGCCAGCCGCACAGACACCCAGUUCCAGGGCAGUCCCGAGGAGGCCUGGCGGCUCCUUUGAGCCCUCCUAUAACCCAGCAGCCCUCAGCCCUCUGACCUUCGGCAGGCAUCAGGAGCAGGAUCCAGAGCUGGGUGGUACCCACAUAGCAGGUGCAGUUUCCAGCCCCACGUCAACCCGUGGGCCUGUGUCUCCGACUGUCUCCUUCCAGCCCCUAGCCCGUUCCACCCCCAGGGCAAGCCACUUGCCUGGACCAGCGGUGUCAGCUCCACCUGCUGGUCCCUCCUCCUCCACUGGCUUGGCUUCUGGGGAAGGGACUGGUGACCAUACUAAGACUACCAUCUGCUCCAGUGAUACAGAGGCACCCACUAAUUCAACGACUACCAGCUCACUGCCCUCCAAAGUGCCUGCCAACUCAGCACCUGUCAGCUCGGGGCCCUCCAAGUUGCCUACCAGCACCAAGCCCCCCGGUGCAAUACCAUCUAAAGUGCUCACCAACCCGGCACCAUCCAAGUUGCCCAUCAACUCAACACGUGCUAGUGGCAUGCCAUCCAAAGUGCCCACCACUACCAUGGUGGCCAGCAAGGUGCCUACCAACACAGUGCCCUCCAGUGGGAGCAAAGCCAAGGAGACCCCGAGGGCUCCAGCACCCACAGUCACCACUGGAGGCAGCUCUCCCUGGAGGGAUAGCAGCUCUGGGAACUUGUGCUCUGGGCCGGAGCUGAGCAAGCCUGGCGUCCUGAUAUCGAGGGUCGACAGCCAGCCAUUCUCCGGCUGUUCCGAAGACCUUGCCAUCAGCAGCUCCCUGGACUCGGAGCCCAGCCAAGGCCCAGAGGAGAAUGAGUACAUGUCCUUUAAUAUCCAUGUGGCUGAGGGUCCCAGUGCUGACCUGGAGGGCAGUCCUGGACCUCGUGAGGCCUCACAGCCCCAGGAGGAGGGGGAGCGGUCAGGCAGAGCGACAUCGGGGGUCCUGUGGUGGCUGGGGUCUGCCGCAGCCGGCGCGGUCCUGGCCGUGCUUCUGGUGGUGCUGUACCGGCGGCGCCCACUGCAGUGAAGCCUCCGUUGCCCACUGCACCAUGCACCUGCCGCAUUCCCACGGUACGCUUUCCCCAGGUUGGCAGGGGCUGGGUCAAGCAGGGGACCUCGGGGACUAUGGACCUGGAGGAGGAGUGAGUUGUGAGGACAGCAUUUCCAUCCUAGCUCUUGCCCUCUGCUUGUCCCUCACCAUCCUUGGCUUUCCAGGCUCUAGGUGGCCCCCAGUGCUUCAGAUCUACCCACCUGGUAGGCUCCCUAUGUGCUCCUAAGAAGGUUCCCUCCACCAGGCUUUGUCCCUGUUUCUCCAAGCCUGCAGAUCAGGAGGUGCCCCUCAUUCUGCCCAGGUCCCUUGAGGCCCAAAGAGGUACGGUAGGUGGGGAUUCCCACAGGACCUCACUCCUACCCCCAGCAGCCCAGCAUCCAGACGGUACCAAGGUCUAGCAUCCAGGGAGCCAGCUGCUUUGGGUUCCCUGACCCUCUGGUCCUCCUCCAUGGCCAGGCCACUCUGGAGGGAGUUCUGGAGGUUCCGGUGAACCCCAGGGAAGCCCAAAGCAGCCACUGGACCUGAGGAAGAACCCUGGAGUCCCUCUCCAGCCCUGUUACCCCUGCCUCCUGGUCUCCAUUCUCUUUGGUUUCCUACAUGGGUUGGGGAAGGGACUGCCUAGUGGCAGAAUUCAAGCCAGGUUUAGAUUUCAGCACUUCCCUUUCUGGGCUGUGUGACUUUGGCAGAUGUUCAGACUCUCUGGUCUUAUUUCCCCACGUGGACAGUGAGUCUCUAGCUCAUCCUUCAAGGAUGUGGCAUACAGGAUGUGGCAUCCCUCCUGUCUAACCUGGUAGUGCUGAGGGCUUGAGAGUCAGGGUGCACUCUGCAGUGAGGGCAGCCUCGGGCUGCAUCCUCCUCAUCAUCUCACUAGCUCUGUAAUCUCAGGCAAGAUAUUAACCUAUGUGUGUCUCACUUUUCUCACCUGUUAAAUGGGGUGAAAUACACACAAACACACACGCACACACACACAUUCUAGUGUUGUUCUGAGGAUUAAAUUAGUUUAUCUAUGUAAAUCUUCGAAUGAAUCCUGGCAUUUCCUAAGGGCUGGAUAUGUGUUAUUAUUGCUAAUUAAAUGGGCAGUGAGUGCUUGUCUACACUUUAGAGGUAAGCCCAGACCCUGCUGCCUUCCCCUUCCUUAUAUCUGCCUCUUACUUCAUCCAGUGCAUUUAAGAGUUGUUGGGGAGGGAGGAUAGUGGGAAGGUGUUCUCCCCAUCCCCAGUGGCCAGGUGUGUUCUACCACGUCAUGGGUGGUAAGAUUAGCUGUAUUUACACCCUACACACUUUGGGGUGCAUUGGGGUAUCCUCUUGGGUUCUUUUCAGGUGGCCUUUGCUGGACAAGGGGUAGGCAUAGGAGCCUUCUCCAUUUCUGGGCUCUGCAAGGGGCAGGAACUAGAGUCCUUGGAGACAUUAGUGGUGGGGCUGGUUGUGUUCCACCCACAACCUGUCAGCCUCUAGGCAGCUUUACCCUACACUGCCCCAGGGAACUUCAGCAAUCUAAAAACCUCUACUUCUGAAUUUCAGCCCCGACUCUCAACCCCACAGCCUGUAACUUGAAUCCAGGUGUGGUCUGUACCCAAGCUGUCCACACCACUUCUCAUCGAUCCCUUGUUCUUAACCAACCACUGUGAUUCCCCCACCUUCACCCCCAGGUGCCAGCUAGCCAGUUUGUACACAGGUACUUGUUUUAAUGUGCUUCCUUCCCAGGGUAUUUUGAAAAAAAAAAAAAAAAAAAAAAAAAAAAGUCUCACUGGGUGUGGUAACCCACACCUGUAACCCCAGUGGCUUGCAAGGCUGAGGCAGGAGGAUCGGGGGUUCAAAACCAGAACCAGCCUCAGCUAAAGUGAGGCCCUAAGCAACUCAGUGAGACCCUGUCUCUAAAUAAAAUACAAAGUAGGACUGAGGAUGUGGCUCAGUGGUUGAGUGCCCCUGAGUUCAAUCCCAGGUACCCCCCCAAAAAAAAUUCAAAAGGGCUGGGGAGGUAGCUCAAUAGUGAAGCACCCCUGGGUUCAAUCUCCAGCACUCCCCUCCCAAAAGAAAAAGAAAAAAACGUGUCUCAAGAAGGCAACAUGUGGUCCCAGAGAGAGUCAUUCAACUGGUGGGAUUUCUUUUUUCCUUGUCUUUCUUUUUUUCAGUGCCAGGGAUUGAACUCAAGGGCACUUAACCACCUAGUCACAUCCCCAGCCCCUUUUAUUUUUUAUUUUGAGACAGGGUCAGGGUCUUGCUAAAUUGCUUAGGGCCUACUAAGCUGCUGAAACUGGCUUUGAACUUGAAAGUCACCUGCUUCAUCUUCCUGAGCCACUGGGAUUAUAGGCAUGCACCACUGCACCCGGCCAACUGGUGGGAUUUCAACCACAGUAACCAGUCACUGUGGGCAAUAUCUUGGGUCCAGUGUGUAGGAGGUGUCCAGGCCCUCCCAGUACUUUGCAGAUUACACCACUCAGAAUCCCUGACUUGGCCUGCAUUUAACACCAUCGCCAUCUCAACUAGGAUCAACCUGAAGACUUCUCAAAUGCCACCUUCAGGCAGAAGCAGGAAUUGGCCAGAGUCCAGUCUGAGGAAUGCUGUUUUGGGAUGUGGUUUCAGCUGCAGGAGGGUUUCCAUAGGAGGGAGAGCCAGGAAGGUCACCUUCACAGCCAUGGCCCAGACAAGUAGAGGCCAGAACACAAGGAAGGAAGGGAGGGAGGACUUCCACCCGUAGAGGGGCCUGGCCUCCCAUACUAGGGGACUUGAGAAAAUACCCUUCCCCUUGGGGUCAAGGCUGGGUAAUCCUGGAGGGACCAGUGCCCUCCUAAGUGCCUGGGGGCAAAUCUACUGGCAGCAGAACCCCUGUCUGCCCUCCCUCCCUGGCUGAAGCAUUUCCUGAAAGGCCCAGAACUGUUGUGGCUUCUGUCUCCCAGGGAAGUACCCAUGGACUUUGCUUUGACCUAACAAAGCCAGAAUAGUGCCACUCCCUCACCUUCUCUUGCUGACCGUCCUCUGGUUUAGGGGACUUCUUAGUCAAGGAUGCCCUUUACCCUGCCAGGCCUUGGAUUAUUAACGCCUUCUUUUAGAAAAUAUUUUUUAUGGGCAGCUUUCUGACACAUGCAAAAGUAGAGAGACUAGAAUAACAAACCACCAUGUGCCCAUCUUUAAUAUCUUGGCUAUCUUGUUCAUCCCUGCCUGUUGUUCCCUCACUCUCUCCCUCCCUGCCCACCUUCUUUCCUUCCUUCCUUCUAUUGUUUUCUUUUUUUCCCUUUGGUACUGGGGGUUGAUCCCAGGGACACUUAUCACUGAGCUACAUCCCCAGUCCUUUUAAUUUUUAUUUUGAGAGAAGGUCUCACUGAGUUGCUGAGACUGGCCUUGAAUUUGCUAUCCUCCUGCCUCCACCUCCCAAAUCACUGCAAUUACAGGCAUGUGCCAGUGCACCUGGCUGCCCCCUCAUUUGGAUAUAGGUUCUUUGUAUAAGUCAGAGUUGAAGGGUUCAGAAGCCAAGGGACAGACAUAGGCUAGUGAUACUGCCUGUAGUCUGGGAGGAUUUUUUGUGCCUAGGUCAUCUGUCUUCUCCCAGGGCAGCAUUAGGUAACAAUGAAGCAUCCACUUUAUGGUCUCUUGGCCUCUGUAGGUGACUCCUUGAACCAGUUCGAAGUGCGAACAGCACUGGACCCCACCUUAGGAGGAGGGGGCAGCAAGGGUCCCUCCACUGCCAAGCUCCUUGGAGGUGCCUGCUAUUGCUCCUGUCUCCGACAAGUAACAACACAUGUACCCCAUUGCACAGCCCUUCCAGCAGGCAGAAGUUCUCAUAUAGGCACGAUUCAAACUCCACAGUGUCUUUCUGCUCCUGUCUCCUAUGAAGGAAGUCGUUCGGGUCUUGAGGUUCCAUGCUUUUCAUGGGUGCACUAUCAUGGCUAAAGGCCAAGCCCCACUUACCCCUAGGAAAGUAGAUGCAGGGUCCUUGGUCUGAAGCAUCUGUGCUGGGAUUGAUACCACUCCACAGAGGACAGUCACAUGCUCCUUGUGCUCACCUUUCUUAUUUUUUCCCUUUAGCCCAGGCCUACGAGGUCUACAGGGGACUCUGGGCGUGGUCACUGUGAGCAUUCCUCUCUCGGUUGCUGCUGCUAACAAUGGCAAUAACAAUAAAGUUCGCCACUUACAUCUUACUUUCAUUGCAUGACAGGCCCUGUGCCUCAUUUAAUCCUCACAAAGACCCUAAGAAAGAGACACCAUUAGGGACCCAAUUUACAGCUGGAUUACAAGAGUGGGAGGGAGGAAGGACCAGAGGGACAGUAAUCCCUAGACCCAGAGCUAGAUGCUUCUUGUGUCCAUGGACCUCAACUGACCUGGUAUCUGGAGCAAAGAAAACCAUUUAAAGUGAAAUCUUUACACCCUCACAUCCUUGCCCAGGAUGUCAGAAUCUGCCACUUAAUAGUAUAAUAACAAUCUAUAAUUAAUGUAAUCUCAGGGGUGUCCUAAUAAUAUGGUUAUAAUCAUUUUGUGUGUGCGCUCAAAACCCUGAGGAUGAGUGAGGUGAGGCAGGCGCCACAAGCCUAGAGUGUUAGUGUUCAUGAAGCCAGUUUGAUUUAGCAGACAUUGUUUAACAGAGUCACUUGUGCCAGGUCCAAGGCCUGUGAGGGUGCCUUCAUGUGGUUGGGGAGGUUCACAAUGUGUGAUACAGACAAAUAGACCUCCAUGUCAUUCUUUCAUACAAUUUUACAGCAAACAUUUUUUACCUCCCGUGUUUAGAGCAUUAUGAUAGGUCUUGAUGACAGACUAAUAAAGACCUCACUCUAAAAGGUCCCUCCCGCCCGACACUGUCUUCAGCACAAUAGUGAACGGUCCAAUGGAGUGCCUCUGGAGUGUGGCAGGGGCCAGUGAGGAGGAAGGACAAGUGUUUUGAUCUGUUUGACCAUGAGAAUUAUAACUAAAUUUGGAGCGGAGCAUAAGCCUUACAGCCUAUGAGAAAUAAGAUCAAAUGUUCAUGAAAAUAUGAAGCAACUGAAACUCAUAAAUGUUGGAGGAAUGUAAGCUGGUGUUAUGGUCUGAAUGUAUAUGUCCCUGCAAAAUUCAUAUGUUGGAACCUAACCCCAAGGUGAUGGUAUUAGGAGGAGAGACUUUUGGGAGGUAAUUAGGUCGUGAGGGCUCCACCCUUACGAAUGGGAUUCAUGCCCCUAAGAGGACCAAGGGAGCUGGGUAUGGUGGCGAACAUGUGUGAUCCCGGCAACUUGGGGAGAAUCACAAGUUUGAGGCCAGCCUCAGCAACUUGGUGAGACCCCAUUUCAAAAUAAAAAAUAAAAAGUACUGGGGAUAUAGCUCAGGGUAGAACACCCAGAGCUGAAAAAAAGAGAGGGUUGGGAGCCUUUAGUUCCUUCCACCAUGCGAGGACAGAGAAGUCCAUAUGAGAAAGCAGCAAGCAUAUCUUGAAGCCGAGACUGGACCUUCACCAGACACUGAAUUUGUUGGUACCUUCAUCUUGGACUUCCCAGUCUCCAGAAUGGAAAUUUCAAUGAUUUACAAAUUACCUAAUAAAAGGCAUUUUGUAAUAGCAUCUUGAAUGAA